CCCGCCCACACACGAGCCAGAGACACUGUAACAGCGAGAGUUCGCCGUCAAAAUACUCUCGAGUGAGCUUUUCAAAUAAGUUUUGUGUGUCGACAACUUUGUCUUAUCGUAAAGAAAUAAACGAGGUGUCCGGUGAAGACGGUAAUGGCUGCAGAAAGCGAGCGAGAUGAUCCAUUCCAACAAAUUCUGCAUCAAAUCGGUGGAAAAAGUAACAUUCAUUUAAUCAGCGCUGUGAGAGGACCUGAUGGAGACACCGGCGCAUUACAAGACUUCAUCGCUGAUAUGUUUAAUAACGGGGAGCGCGAAGAAACCAGCGACUGCACCGGCAACAGCAACGGCGAAAUCAAAAGCCAAACAAACGUGUGCAGCCCUGACCAAUCGCACACAGAUCGAUCCGAACCGAGUUCAUCCGAUCACCGCAAGAGCGAGAAACCAGAUCCACUCGAGAACAAAACCGUGAGCUCAAGCCGAAUCAUCGGCGGAAAGCAGAGAGCCAUUAAAUGCUCCGUGAUCAUAUUCCUCUUCAAACACGAUUAUGCGUGUGAUAAAGAGAAUCAGGUGUGUUUGAGGGAGAUCCUGAAGGACGUGAGAGCGCGGAUAAAGAGAAACGCGCUCCGUCCUGCUCUGCUGGGACUCGUUCACACCGACUGUGAUCAAUCAGCGAGUCGCGAUUCAGUGGAGUUACUGGAUCGAUCACUGCGAGCAGUGUUCACUAACCACCCCCCACAGGCCAUAUGGACCGGACGUUACGUCACAAAGUCCCCGGAUGUGUUGCAGGAGAUCAGGUGGAACACCUGCAGGGCUGUGACGUGCUCAAUGUCUGCAGAUAGCGCCGUUGGCGGUAAAAGCAGUUUGUUUUGGCCACUGAAAUGCUUCCCGGGAGUUUUCAGAAAGACGCACAGAGGACAGGCUGACGUAAACACUAAUAGUUGGCAGCAAGCCAAUCCACAUGCGACUGAGGAAGGACUUCCACUGCAGAUGCGGCCCACAACAGAUUGACACCAUGCCGGCUUUGCAGAUAGACCAAAAAUGGAUGAAGAACAAGCCUCAAACUGUGUGCCUGUGUGCUACGCAGGUCGUAUACUCUUGCACUAUGACUUACCAGUCAGGAAGAUUUGGAGAAAUGAGAGAUGAAGGCAAUGAAAGUCUGCUAGAGCAUUACACAUGAUGCAUUUUGUGUUAUCUCAGAAGGAUAUAUCACUACUAUCACAGUAACACACUGUAUUAAACAGUAUUAAAUAGUAUUAAACAAUCUAAUGUGACAUUUCCUGAGCACUGUGAUUGACUACUGUAUCAGCUGUUGUUUUUGAAUAAAAGAAAUUCAAAGUUGUUGCAUCGACU